AUGUCGCUCGGUCACAACGCCUGGCCCCCGGGCAAUACUCGCCCUCCAGAUGAGCACCAGGAGUCGCCGCGGCCCGUCAAUGGCUUAGUUAAGACAUUGUCCGGCUCGCGCACCCCCCAGAUACGCGGCUCUGUCAGCGCCGACGGACCGAACGCCGGGAGUAUGACAUCGGAGCCCGACACCACUGUCGAGGAGGACCCGCGUAUUGCUCAAUUUCGCGAUCUAUACCGGCACAGCGAGGCGAAAAUAAACGCGCUUUUUUCUGGUUUGCAUGCUGCUGACGAUUCUCCCGCCGGCGCGGUCGCGGGGACGGAACAGCCCGACGCCGACACCGAACGCGUCGAUGCGCCGGUACACCCGACAGCUCCCCCAUCCAAAAAGGCCCGGAAGUUGGACGAUGACUACGAUGACUACGAUGAGGAUGAAGAUGAGGAUAUGGCCGACGCGGCCGAAUCGCCUUUGAAGACGAAGUCCGUCCUGCCGUCGCAAGACAUGAAUGCGGCCGCCCCGCAACGUCCUGGCACCGCAGCCUCCACCAGCGUCGAUGGAAUAAAGGAAACGAAGAAGGAAUCGGUGGAGGAUCUUCGAAAACAGCUCGAAGAAGACAAGAAAGCGACAGAAGAAGCUGCUAAGCGCAGCUUUCAUACUCUAUUCUAUACCCUUGAAAAUGAUAGAGAUGCUAUGCUGGAUCAACAACGAUUGGAAGAAUCUGAGCGGCAGGUCGAAGCCGAAAUUUCUGGCCAGGCUGGCUCUGGUGGAAACACUGCCGGUGGCGGUGCGAACGGAUACAGCUCUCUAAGCAACACGAACCUAGGCGCAUCCAGCCUGACCCUCAAGAACCUGAUUGCACGAAUUGACAAAAAGCGUGACAUGGUCCAGGCUUCCGAUGCUGAGCUCCGAAGCCUUCUCAGCGAAGUUCGAAAGAAUCGUAGCAAGUGGGCUAGCGAGGAUAAGAUUGGACAGGAGGAGCUUUACGAAGCUGCGGAGAAGGUGUUGAGUGAGCUUAAAGCUAUGACCGAGCAUUCCUCUGCGUUUCUGACCAGGGUCAACAAACGGGACGCUCCGGACUAUUACACCAUCAUUAAACACCCAAUGGACCUCGGAACCAUGACCAAGAAGCUGAAGGGAUUGCAAUAUCGAUCCAAGCAAGACUUUGUUGAUGACUUGAAUUUGAUUUGGUCCAACUGUUUGAAAUACAACACGAAUCCUGAGCAUUUCUUGCGCAAACAUGCCCUGUACAUGCGAAAAGAAACGGAGAAGCUUGUUCCUCUCAUUCCUGAAAUCGUCAUCAGGGAUCGUGCCGAGGUCGAAGCCGAAGAACGUCGAGCUCAACGGGAAGAACUUGACGGUGCGGAUGAGAGUGAUGACGAGCCUAUCAUGUCUUCAAGGGGAAGGAAAGCCCCCGGGAAAUCAUCUAAGAAAGGCACUGCGCCGUCUCGAAAUACCCCGAGUGGCUCAGAGGGCCCCUCUGGAGCGCAAUCCCAACCUCCAGCACCGGUGCGAGCAGACUCGGAUACAGCUAUGGAGGCUAGCCAAAAUGGUUUCUCCACUCCUCCCCCCGGCUCUCACACCCCAUCCGACCCCGCGGGACUGGGAGCGGCCGCCAGCCAGCAGGACGAUGCAAUGGAUAUCGAUAUACCCUUGACGUCGACCAUUGCACCCAGUGCUAUUUGCAUCCCCGGUGCCGAGCUGGAGGAUCCAGAGUACAAAGUUUGGAAGCAAGUGACAAAGAAGGACCGCGCUCUCAUCGCCGCAGAGAGACACCGUCUUCUGAAGGGAGACAAGCUCAAUGCGGAUGAGCCUGCUCUCCUCCGAACCAAAGCUGGCAUGCGACGGUGGCUUCGACAUGAGAGACAAGCCGCCAUUGAAGGUGAAAGACUCCAUGAUGCUGCCACCCAAGCUAUGGAGCCGCAGGCGGGCAAAGAAUCUCUUGCGGAAGGUAUUGAGGUUGAGGAGGAUCGAAUGGUUCCAUAUUACUAUGACGUGAUGUCCGGAGUUCCAGAACUCCCAGAGCGGUUGAUCUGGAAGGAAGAUGCACAAGGCAAUGUUGUUGAUGCUUCGGAAGAGUACCUCAAAAUUCUUCCAAAGGGAUCCUUCAUACAGCCAGAAAGCAAACUCACUCAGAGAUUCAAUGCAAAUAUGCGACAGCUGCAAGACACUCGCAAGAUUUGUUCAAAGAUUGGGAUUGUGAAGCAAAUGCAACUGCAGUCGCAGGUAAGUCCAGAAGUCCCUGAGGUUUCGUUGCCUAUCAAGAACAUCCCGAAACUUAUUCUUGUUCAGAUGUAUCAAAACCAAUUUCAAAAAUACAACCCCGAGCCUUUUGCCGAACAGGACAUUCCUCCUCAUGUCAUGAACGACAACGGCCCUGUUAUCGCUCCCGCAACGUCCCGAGCAGCUUUGCAGCGAGCGGUUGCUAAGAUAUUCUACCACACUGGCUUCGAGGAAUAUCAGCCAUCUGCACUGGAGGUCGUAACCGAUAUCGCAUCAGACUAUUUCCAGAAAGUUGGCGAGACAAUCAAAUCUUACAUGGAAGUUCCCAAAGUACCAACCACCGAGACUCAGGACAAUGCAACAUCGACUUCAGAAUACAAAGCCGCCUAUACCGAGCCAGAGGUUGUUCUUCACACUCUCGCUGCUGUGGGCACCAAUGUGGAUGAACUGGAGUCCUAUAUCAAAGACGACGUUGAACGGCUUGGAACCAAGCUUACCACUGCUCAUGACCGACUCAAAUCCCUGCUUACCGAGUUACUUCGCCCCGCCCUUGCAGAUGCUGGUGAAGACGGCUCCAAUGCCUUCAAAGACGGAAGUGAGCAAUUUGUCGGAGGAGAUUUUGCUGAAGAUAUCGAUGAAGAUUUCUUUGGAUUCAAAGAAUUGGGACUGGAUCGCGAGUUUGGCCUGUCGACCCUCAGCGUUCCUCUGCAUCUGCUUCAAAACCGGAUGUUUAGUGCCGCCCAAUCUCAAAACACUAGCGCCAUCGAAACUGUCACGCUUUUCCCAACGCCGCCUCCAUAUGCGCGUAUCUCAGUUGACAAUGUGUCACGACAAAUUGGCCUGCUUCAGUCAUUCUUCAAAGAGAAAUUAGACGCGAACAGUGACGAGCCGUUGGUAGAGGACCUUGAGCUUCCUCCCAAGCAACGACCUAUGGCAGCCAAGCCUCGUCUCCCGGCUUCCGGCAAGAUUCCGCCUCUGGCUGGCGUAUCUGGACCACACUCGAGCCCACACAAGCGCCCUCCGCCGCCUCAUGGAGCCGGAGCUUCCAAAAUUGGAGCUUCGGAACCAAGCAAAAAGAAGGCCAAGAAGAACAGUGGCGUUGCGCUAGAGAUGUCGAGUUUCAAUAUUGAUGGCGAUGCUGAUCAAGGACAGUCUGCCAUUGAUGGCAUGAAAGAUUCUAUUGGGGCUGGCUCCGAUACUAGAAUUGCCGACAGUUCCAACAUGGAUGGUGUUGCCGACUCCCAACAACCAGAAAACGGAGACGUUCCUUUGACCAAUGGGACAACAGCAUAA